AUGAAGAGGGUGACGAGGUUUGAGAAGAAGGGCAAGCUUAGCCCAAGGUUUUUUGGCCCAUUCGAUAUUUUGAGGAGAGUGGGAGGAGUGGCUUAUGAGUUUGCCUUACCUUCUAGACUGUCAGGUGUCCAUUCGUUGUUUUAUGUCUCUAUGCUUCGCAAGUAUAUACCAUAUGAGUCCCAUGUGAUUUCUUAUGAUGCUGUGGAGUUGGGUUCGUAUUUGACUUAUGAGGAGGAACCGGUAGCUAUCCUAGACAGGAAGCUUCGUAGGCUCAGGACCAAGGAGAUCGCUUUGGUCAAGGUGCAACAGCGGCAACGGCCUGUUGAGGAGGCAACUUGGGAGUUAGAGUCUGAUAUACGAGCCUGGUACCCUCAGUUUUUUUAG